AUGUUUUUGCUUAGAGAUUUGAAGAUGGUGAGAGUUUUAGGGGAAGGAUCCUUCGGAAGGGUAUUCCUUGUAUCAUUUGAAGGCCUCGCAGGAAUGAAGAUGAAGAAGCUAUAUGCACUUAAGAUAAUGAGCAAGGCCCAGAUUAUUAAUAGCAACCAAUUACUGCACGUAUACAAUGAAAAAACUGUAAUGUUGAGUCUAUACUCGUCUUUCUUUGUUCGUCUAUAUAGCACGUUCCAGGAUAAGAGGUAUCUCUUCAUGGUUAUGGAGUACGUCCCCGGUGGCGAGCUUUUCUCUUUUAUGAAAGAAAUUAUUAAGUUUACUGUGAAGCAAGCAAGAUUUUAUAUUGCAGAAAUACUUGUGGCACUUGAGACGCUGCAUGGCCUGGGAAUUGUAUACCGAGACCUAAAGCCAGAGAAUGUUCUGCUGGACAGGGAGGGACACAUUAAGCUUGCAGACUUUGGGUUUUCCAAAAGGCUGUACCAGCCUCUGACGUGGACGCUGUGUGGAACACCCGAGUAUCUAGCCCCUGAGAUAGUAAUGAACAUUGGGCAUGGGUUUGAGGUCGACUUCUGGUCACUUGGGGUUAUUCUGUACGAAAUGAUAGUGGGGUAUCCUCCAUUCUACCACGACAAUCAGGUGGAGCUGUGUAGGCUGAUCAUUCGUGGGCAUGUGAAGUUCCCAUCCUUUGUGGACCCAGUGUCCAAGGACCUCAUAAAGCAGCUUUUGCAGACAGACAGAAAGAAGAGGCUUGGGCACAAGAAGGGCGUGAAAAUGAUCUGCAGGCACUCGUUUUUCAGAGAAAUCAAUUGGUCAAUCGUGCAAAGCAGGAAUUACACCCCUCCAAUUGUUCCCAUAAUCAAUGAAGAGAACGAUAAAAAGGAUAGCUCAGCAGGGUGCUCAAUACAGUCUCAUAUGGUAGGCAUGGAUAGUGAUCCUCCAGUGAUGGACCAGCUUUUUGACCAGUAUUAG